UAUGACAUUUGGUUGGUCCCCAUAUCAUAACCUCAUUAAUUUUUCUCUUUCUGCAAAACAACACUAAAAGAGAGAGUCAGUGCUUUGCUUUAGCAUGAGAGAGAGAGAGAGAGAGAGAGAGAGAGAGAGAGAGAGAGAGAGAGAGAGAGAGAGAGAGAGAGAGAGAGAGAGAGAGAGACAGUAGACAGCGAGCUGUGACUUGCCCAUUAAGUACAUAUCGGUAUGAGAGGUUCAACCUGAAGAAUUUGAAGAAAGAACACAAUAAGAUUAUUUCUCCUGGAUUAAUCAUUACACCUACUUCCAUGAAGCAAAAUGGCUGCCCUAAACAUUUCCAGUUUAAUCAACAGCAGUUCCCAAUACCACUGCAAAUUUAAUGAGGACUUCAAGUACAUCUUACUUCCUGUCAGCUAUGGGUUGGUGUUUGUUGUUGGCUUGGUGCUCAAUGUCAUUGCAUUGUAUUCCAUCUUGUUCCGGAUCAAACACUGGAGCCCCAACACCAUCUACAUGAUCAACCUGACUGCGUGUGACACCCUCUACAUCCUCACACUACCCUUUCUGAUCUACUACUAUGCUGACAAGAAUGACUGGCCUUUCACUGAAACCUUCUGCAAACUUAUACGCUUUCUUUUCUAUACCAAUCUGUAUGGUAGUAUCCUUUUUCUCAGCUGCAUCAGCAUCCAUCGCUUUCUUGGCAUUUGCCACCCGGUGCGAUCAAUGCAGUGGGUUAACGCCCGCCGUGCCCGUUAUGUCUCAGUCCUCGUUUGGGUAAUCGUUCUCAUCUUCCAGACACCAGUGCUCUACUUUUCCCGAACCACCAAUAAAGUCUGCCAUGACACCACAUCUCAGGACCUCUUUAAUUACUUUGUGGUCUAUAGUUCGGCCAUUUCGGUCAUUUUGUUUCUGAUACCCUUUGCAAUAGUACUAGUCUGCAAUGGCCAUAUGGUGCAAAAACUUAAAGAGCCCACCACCGUAGGAGGUGCCACGUCCCAACGCUCCAAGCAAAAGUCAGUGAAGAUGAUCAUCAUAGUGCUGCUAGUCUUCAUACUCUGCUUUCUGCCCUUCCACCUCACACGGAGUCUGUAUUACAUUUUCCGAUAUUUAAAAGUGAACUGUACAUUGUUGGAGGGUUCUAACAUAGCUUACAAGGUCACAAGGCCACUAGCCAGUGUGAACAGUUGUAUUGACCCCAUCCUCUACUUCAUGGCAGGUCAGGGUUUCCGACGCAGCCUAAGCAAGAAACACAAGCAAUCUCAGAGAGAGGGCAAGAGUGAGUACCUCUCAACCCCUUUAUGAGCAAAUGAUUUGAAAUAUGAAUCUGAAAGACAAGCAAGUGCAAUGGAUUAAAGAAAGUUAUGAAGUGCACAGAAGUGCUUUCAUGACUGCUGAGCUAAAUUGGUGCUUACUGAUCAUGGGGCCCCAAGCUGUUAUUACCAUUGCAAAGGAUUAUCAAUUCUCUCACAGACAGACAUAGUUAACCAAUACGGACAUGCUUUUUAAAUGUCUGAUCACAAAGGGGAAUAGGAGAGAAAUACUUAUCUAAAGCAACUCAUCUAUAGCUCUUUGAGAAUACAUAAGUGAUAAGAUACAACGAAAAUGAGAAAAAUAUUAAAUAUGGCUUUAUUUCCAAUAAUUCCCUGCUUUAGCUUUUUUUUCUUAUUAAGAUAAUGAUAAGUAAGGUUUUUGGAAAUGUUUGGUAAGCAAUGAGUCUCAAUCUGGAUAUUAUUUACCAGCAAUAGGUGGUUAGACUAAUUUAUGCUAAAUCCAUAUGAGACCACUAUACAUCUGUAGAGAAGCUGAGAAGGUCAAGGAAGCUCAGGGAGAUGAUAAACAUAGAAGGAAAAUAGAUGGAAUAUAAUCCAUCCAUCUUCUAUACCGCUUAUCCUACAGUGUUGUGGGGAACCUGGAGUCUAUCCCAGGGCGCGUUGGGCACAAGGCGGGGUACACCAUGGAUUGGGUGUCAAUCCAUGGCAGGGAACACUCACAUACACAUUCACAAACCCAUUCAUACACUAUGGACAAUUUGGACAUGCCAGUCAGCCUACCAUGCAUGUCUUUGGACUGGGGGAGGAAACCAGAGUAUCCGGAGGAAACCCCCGCAGCACGGGGAGAACAUGCAAACUCUGUACACAUAGGGCAGGAAUUGAAACCUCAACCCUGGAGGUGUGAGGCGAACAUGCUAACCACUGGUUGUUAUGUAACGGUUGUAAUGUAAUGGCUGUAAUGGUAAAUCUGUUGUUGAGUUCUAGAUAGUAGAAGAGCCACUGUGUUGCACCCUUGGUCAAGGCUCUUAACCCUCAUGCAUUCUGUUCUUGGACUGUAUACUUUUCAUUUGUAAAAUGCUAUAUGAUGUAAUCUUAAAUAUGUAAAUAUUGAAAUGUAUUAAAAAGUAAAGCUUAAACAGAUAUCUUUUGGAUGUCUUGUUUCAAGACAAGACUAGAAACUACCAGGAAUCCUUUUUUUGGUGUGAUUUUUUUUCCAUAGAGUGUACAUACAAAUUAAUAACCUUGGGGGUUAUUAAGGGUGCAAGGGAUAUGGAAGUGUUUAAGGGUUAUGGAAAACCCUUUGGACUAUUAUUACAAAAUAAUAUAGGCCUAAAGGAUUCUUUAUAACUCUUAAGUCUUAAGUUUUAUUUCAUGUAGGAUUGCUGACAAGAAAAUCAGCCAAAACCUGUUAAUUUCAUUUUCCUUCUACUGAUAAUAAAAUAAAAACGGGUAAAACUGCAAAGAUAAUAAAAACACUCAUGCUUACACAAAUCAAAGCUCACAAUUACUGUAUGUGUAGCAGUAAGGGUUUCACUUAGAAUGUUAAAAUGUUAUUUGAAAUGUAUUUUCUGUGUUUGGAAUUAUUCCUGUUAAAAAUAAAUGAAACGAGUUUGUGAUCUAACCAAAAUGUCUAAAUGUUU